CUGCUAGAAAGUCAUACCGGAACCAGUGUUCGACGUAUAAAUGUUUCGUACUUAGAAACAUGCGUGCAGAAGGUAAAUUUUAUGUUCAAUUAAAUCACUACUCGCCAUAUUAUUGAUCUGUGUUAUCGUGAGCGGUAGAAACAUGAAAGCCGGUAGUGGUAUGUUAUCUAUAAAUUAAUCUUAUUCACCUGAAUCCAUAGCUUUGACUCCAUAACGUGUACUCUUCAUAAUGAUCGAGGAAUGUUGGGAUGAUGUCAAUACUGCACAAACAACUGUCGGCUCAGUUGAUUCUGGUACCAAUUUCGGCCGUGGCAGAGGAUUUAUUCCAUUGGAAAGUAUAUCAAAUUACAGUGACUCCGUUGGAUGCAGAAAUAAUGUAACAGUCGACGAUUUAACCAGUUCUGUUCCUCAUGGAAAAAAUAUGAGUAAUAAUGCUGACAAAAGGCAGAGCUCAGGGAGAGGGCGGGGAAGAAACAGAGGUGGAAGAGGACGUGUUGGCAGGGGAGGGCUCGAAGGGUCGCGCAAUGAUGGUAAUGGUCUUCAAGCUAGAAGAGGGGAUAGUAAGAAAAGUGGGCACCAGAGGAAUUCAGCUGAUGAUGAUAAUGGAAUCAGAAGUCAAAAGGGCAAAGACGCUAGUUUCACUACAGAACAGUCAAGAGAAGUAUACAUUCCACCAGAACCUGCUGAUGAUGACACUAUGUUCACUGGAGGUAUUAGUACUGGCAUGAACUUUGACAAGUAUGACAUUAUGCAAGUGAAUGUAACUGGUGAAAAUAUUCCCAAACCAACUGAACACUUCAAAAACUCUGGACUUCGGCAGCUUUUGUUGGAUAAUAUUCAUAAAUCCGGUUAUUUGAGGCCAACUCCAGUGCAGAAACAUGCUCUUCCUAUUGUCAUGGCAGGGAGAGAUCUAAUGGCAUGUGCUCAAACAGGGUCAGGCAAGACAGCAGCUUUCCUUCUACCAAUGAUAAAUUUACUACUGCAUGAUUCCAAGGAACUAAUUGUAACAAAUGAAUACUGUGAGCCUCAAGCAGUCAUCAUAUCACCCACAAGAGAGCUCACUCUGCAAAUUUUUAAUGAAGCAAGAAAAUUUUCCCACAGCUCAAUCAUAAAGACAGUUGUUGUUUAUGGGGGUGCAGCUGUGUACCACCAGGCCCAACAGGCCAUGAAAGGCUGUCACAUCUUGGUGGGAACUCCAGGCCGUCUUUUGGAUUUUGUAGACAAAGGUCAAAUUACAUUUUCAUCCUUGAGGUUCUUAGUCCUGGAUGAAGCUGACCGCAUGUUGGACAUGGGUUUUAUGCCUGACAUUGAGCGCAUGAUGGGGCAUCCAACCAUGGUAGCAACAGGUGAGCGCCAAACAUUGAUGUUCUCUGCUACAUUUCCAGAAGACAUCCAACGAUUGGCUGGGAAAUUUCUAAAUAAUUAUUUGUUCCUAGCUGUUGGCAUUGUAGGCAGUGCGUGUUCUGAUGUAGAGCAGCAUUUUCAUCUAGUGCCAAAAUUUGAAAAAAGACCAAAACUAGUUGAACUUAUUUCUGAAGAAGGAGGUACAAAAAUAUUGGUAUUUGUUCAGAUGAAGCGCACAGCUGAUUUCAUCGCAGCAUAUUUGUCAGAGAACGAUUUUCCUACAACUAGUAUUCAUGGAGAUCGUUUACAGCGAGAACGAGAAGAGGCCUUGGCAGACUUCAAAAGCGGUCGUAUGGGAGUAUUAGUAGCUACUGCUGUUGCAGCAAGAGGACUAGAUAUAAAAAAUGUAUACCAUGUUGUUAACUAUGAUUUGCCUAAGAGCAUUGAUGAAUAUGUUCAUCAAAUAGGACGAACUGGUCGUGUGGGAAAUUGUGGAAAAGCAACCAGUUUUUAUGAUCCUGAAGUUGAUGCUCCCUUAGCAAGAGAUCUGGUCAAGAUUCUUCAACAGGCAAAUCAAAAUAUACCUUCAUGGCUGGAAAAGGAUGCUUCUAGUGCUAUAAUCUCAUCUUCAUACCCUCGCCAUGGUCGUUUUGGUGGAAAAGAUUUUAGAAAAUUUGAACAUCAGAAAGAAGCAUCUGACAAUACAUUUGGAGCAGUGACAGAAUACAGUUAUAGUCCGCCUCGAACUAUUGAACCUGGAGCAGAAUGGUAGAGUAUAGUAUUAUGUGCUUACGUGUCUGGCCUGGACAUAUUGCCACUCUGCAUAGGCAUGACAGAAAUUCAGGGAACAAUUAGUAUCUAUGUGGUGGCUUAUAGGUUCAGCAAUACUUGAAAACUUCAUCAGAGCUAAACUUGCAACAAAUAUAUCCAGGCUUAAAAUGUUGAGCCUUUCAGUACAGUAAACUUAUUUGCACUUGCAUUCAGCUUCAAAGAAUAUAUUAGCACUAUGAAUUAAUUAUAAAUUUAGUCAACUUACCAUUUAUUUGAUUGGUCAGAAAAUUAACUGAUUAAUAGAAACACUCUAUGUCAUGAAAACUAGUGCUGAUUUUUAUAGUAAAUUAGUAAUAUGUAACUUUAAAUGUGAACCUAACAAACCUUCCUGUUACACAGACUGUCCAUCAAAUCUUGUGUUAUUAAUGAUUUACAUUACCGAAAAUCCUUAAAUGGUAAACUGGAACCUAUAAAACCGAUUUUUGGAUGCCAUUACUACCCUGCUCCUAUAUGAGCCGGGAUAGCUCAGUCAGUAUAGUGACUAGCUACAGGCUGGAUGACCGGGGUUCGAUCCCCGACGGGGGCAGAGGAUUUUUCCUCUAGCCUCUGCGUCCAGACCGGCUCUGGGGCCCA